UUAAUUAACAAAGGAAAAAGUAUAGAAACGAGAGUGAAAAGAAGAAGUGAAUAGGCUUCGUUUGCUAAAUGGGUUAACCGAGAAUUGUAAUGCAAUUGCUAGUCAAACUGGUAGGAAAAAGAGUAAGAAAGUCGCUGUUGAUGGAAGGAACCUUCUCAUAACCACACAGGAAAGAAGAGGAACACAAACCCCUCAUUUGCAGAAGAUCCAGUCUCCUCCUCUUGUCGGGAGAAGCAACAAAGGAUGGCCGAGGUUGCCGUGUCAACGGUUGUUACCAAGCUGACGGAGCUGCUGGUGGAGCAAGCAAGGGCGGCGGUUUCGCAGCUUGUGGGGGUAAGGGAGCAAGUUGAGGGCUUGAAGAACGAAUUGGGGUGGAUGCAGAGUUUCCUGAGAGAUGCUGAUGCCAAACAAGAAGGCAACGAACGUGUUCGCAUGUGGGUGUCAGAAAUCAGAGACGUGGCUUUCGAAGCGGAGGAGCUCAUAGAAACCUACGUGUACAAGACAACCAUGCAGAACGGUUUAGAUCAGAUGUUCAGACAAUUACAUAUGUACAAGGUGAGAACGAGGAUAGGCAAGAUCUUGUCCAGGAUCAAGAGUAUAUCCGACAGGCGCGAAACGUACGGUGUUGUAAUGACCCGUGAUGAUGGCAGCGGCAGCGGCAGCAAUGAGAGGUUGAGGCACUGGAGACAGCCCUUGCCUUAUUCUGAAGAAGACUAUGUUAUUGAGCUUGAAGAUGACAUGGGGUUGCUCCUUUCCCAGUUGCUUUCUGUGGAGCCAACGCCCCAUGUGGUUUCUAUUGUUGGAAUGGGUGGUUUGGGGAAAACCACUUUGGCCAAGAAGCUUUACAAUUACACCAAGAUCACCAACCAUUUUGAGUACAAGGCGUGGGUUUAUGUCUCUAAAGAGUACAGUAGGAGGGAGGUUCUGCAAGGGAUUCUCAGGGAUGUGGAUGCUCUCACCAGAGAUGAGAUGCAGAGAGCAGCAAUACCUGAGGAAGAGUUGGUCAAGAAGCUGCGAUAUGUGUUGGGUGAGAAAAGGUACUUGGUCGUGUUAGAUGACAUUUGGGGGAUGGAGGUUUGGGAUGCUUUGAAAUCUGCCUUUCCCAGAGGGAAGAUGGGAAGUAAGAUAUUGCUUACCACCAGGAACUGGGAAGUUGCUUUACAUGCUGAUGCCAGUAGCAAUCCUCAUCAGUUGAGGCCCUUGACAGAAGAUGAGAGUUUCAGGUUGCUCUGCAACAAAGCGUUCCCGGGAGCGAAUAACAUCCCUUUAGAUUUGGAGAAUCUUGCCAAGGAUAUUGUGGUCAGAUGUGGAGGUUUGCCUUUGGCUGUGGUGGUGGUUGGUGGUUUGCUGUCUAGGAAACUCAAGUCAAGUGGGGAGUGGAAAAGGGUGCUACAGAAUAUUAGCUGGCACUUACUAGAAGAGCAAGAGAAGAUAGCAAGAAUUUUGGCCUUAAGCUACAAUGACUUGCCUUCACAUUUGAAGUCAUGCUUUCUGUAUUUGGGUCUUUUCCCGGAGGGUUUGAACAUUCAGACAAAAAAAUUGAUCAGACUUUGGGUAGCGGAGGGGUUUCUACCACAAGAAGGAGAAGAAACUCCAGAAGGUGUUGCUCAGAAGUGCUUAAAUGAGUUGAUUGGUAGGUGUAUGAUUCAAGUGGGAACAGUAAGCUCAUUGGGAAGAGUCAAAACAAUUCGCAUCCACCAUCUUCUUAGAGAUCUUUCACUCUCUAAAGGAAAAGAGGAGUACUUUCUCACAAUAUUUCAAGGUGAUGUGGCAGGUCCAUCAACUAAAUCCCGACGCCAUUCGAUACAUUCUUGCCAUGACAGGUAUGACUCCUUAAAAUACAAUGCUGAUCGUUCCCGUUCCCUGCUUUUCUUCAACAGAGAAUAUAAUGAAGAUAUAGUGAGGAAACUCUGGCUUCCUUUGAAUUUUCAGCAAGAAAAGAAAUUGAAUUUCAUCUACAGGAAAUUUAAGCUACUCAGGGUAUUAGAAUUAGAUGGCGUUCGGGUAGUUAGCUUGCCUAGCACGAUAGGGGAUUUGAUUCAAUUGAGGUAUCUUGGAUUGAGGAAGACAAAUCUAGAAGCAGAACUUCCACCUUCCGUUGGGAACUUGCUAAACCUACAGACACUUGAUUUAAGGUAUUGUUGUUUUUUGAAGAGAAUACCAAAUGUAAUUUGGAAGAUGGUGAACUUGAGACAUCUGCUCCUGUACACUCCAUUUGAUCCUCCAGAUAGCAGCCAUCUACGGUUGGAUACAUUAACCAAUCUACAAACCCUACCUCACAUUGAGGCUGGAAACUGGAUAGAUGGUGGUUUAGCAAAAAUGACCAACCUCAGGCAAUUGGGGAUCUGUGAAUUAUCAGGACAAAUGGUGAAUUCUGUACUUUCUACUGUACAAGGAUUACACAACCUUCAUUCACUGUCACUAUCACUUCAAUCUGAAGAGGAUGAAUUUCCAAUCUUUAUGCAGUUGUCUCAGUGUUUUCAUCUUCAGAAGCUCACUUUAAAUGGAAAGAUCAAGAAACUACCUGAUCCACACGAGUUUCCACCAAACCUAUUAAAACUGACUCUACAUAACUCCCACCUACCAAAGGAGUCUUUUGCCAAGCUGGAGAGAUUGCCAAACCUUAAAACGCUCAUUUUGGGUAAAGGGGCAUACAAUUGGCCGAAACUGAACUUCAACGCUGAAGGGUUUCCACAGUUGCAUAUUUUGCGACUUGUUUUGAAAGAAUUGGAGGAGUGGACAGUUGAAGGAAGUGCGAUGCCAAGACUUGAGAUCAUGGUUAUUGAUCGCUGUGAGAAACUGAAAAAGAUUCCAGAAGGACUGAAAGCUAUCACUUCUCUGAAUAAGUUAAAAAUUGUAGGAAUGCCAGUCGAAUUCGAACAUAGGCUUCGGACGUUCGAGUUCACAAAUACUCCAGUAAUUGAAUCAACCACAGACAUUUUGGCAAUUGAUUGAUUGCUGGCACAAUGUUGGUGUGUGAUACAUGCUUUCAUCUAUGGAAUGGAAGCAUUUCUGAGUUCUGGUUCCAUUGUUCAGCAUACCUGCUUCAAUUUAUUGUUGACAAUGUACAUACUGCUUGAUAAAGUUUCAAGCACCAACAGGUCUUUCCACUUUUAUGCACGCAGGAACUUGAUCCCUUUCAAUAAUUGGGAAUGAGUUCCAAUAACUAAUUGUGAAUGCAAUAAUACGUGGAACUUGUGUGAGCUAUGGCAAAUUCAACAGGCACCUUUUCCUCACAAACGGAGACCUCAAUUACACAUGAAUGGCCAAGAUUUAUUCCAUUUUUUUUUUAAAUUUCUAAUUUAAUUUUUAUGUGGCCAGAAAAGGGUCCUGGAAAUUCAUUAUUGUCCUGUAUUUUGUUUCUUUCCCAUUUGUUUGAUUCCAACUCAAUCGAACACAUACAAAGUUUUGCAAUACCUAGUAGAAUAUAUCUUGCAAUCCUUUUUCGUUUA